CGCAAUUAUUCCAUCCCAUCACAGGAGAUGUUGGGCCAGAAUGGCGCGCCAUGACCGAAUCACACUCGGCACAACUUAGACAAAGAUUGCUUUCUAAAACAUGCGAUGGAGGAUACGUUACGACUACGAAAGCCUACUGCCAGCUGGGGCACAGCAAAUAAAUCCGGCGUUGAUUCGCUCAGCCAGGUCGGGUUUAUUUCAAAGGGAGAUACAAAGCUUCUUGAACCCAAGGCCCAGGAACAGUAUUACAAGAAGAUUGUCGACAGAUAUGUACACUUUUGCAACGUCCAUUCCUGCAACCUCGAUGCCGCAUUCGGCUCACUCCCUAGAAAUCGUUCUGAAGACCCAACCAAAAACCCUCCUGUACCUAUACCAAUAAGACCAGCGUCUAGAGCUAGGUCUCGGUCCCGAUCUCCAAAACCACCAACCAAACCUACUUCUCCGACGGCGGGGACUAAAAGUACUACCACACUAGAGCAGCAUGCACCGCCGGCUGAAGAACUUUCCGUCCUCCUCCUUUCCCUCCGAAAGCUGAGGGAAGCCAUUCUAGCAACGAGCUCCAAAACCCCCAUCGCAUUUUCUCAGCGCGUCCAUAUAUUUUGCAUACGCGUAUCAAUCCUCGCUCAGCACCCACCUUCAUACUACCCUCCGCUACAGCGCCUGCUGAAGCACCUUCACUCGUCUACCAACCCGCUGGACCCAUCUGACCUACACGAGUUCACGACCUACUUGAUCCUUGACUAUGCUUGCCGACAAGACGAUAUGCCGGCUGCAUAUGAACUCCGAGCGCGUGCAAAAGUCGCAUUCGGGUAUCGCAAUAAUUCCGUUGACAAUGUUCUCAGAGCGAUAAUGCAUGACAACUGGGUGCUAUUUUGGAGAACCAAACGGAACGAGAAUGCAUACACAAAGGCAUUACUGAAUUGGGCGGUCGACAGUGUACGCAGGCGAGCAUUGAAAGCAGUGGGGAGGGCAUAUCUGUCAGUGGACGUGAAUUAUUUGGUGGAAUGCUGCGCGGGUGAGAAUGAAGGUUGGACAUGGGAAACUUUGGUGGAAAGGGAAGGCCUGGGAUGGAAAAGAGAAGGUGAUAAAGUUCUGAUAAGAGUCAGGAAGCCAAAUGUUGAACCGAAAAAGUAACAAACAGCGCGCAGGAAUGUCCGGACUUGGCGUUGCCUAUAUAUAUAUAUAUAUAUAUUUGGCCUGCCGCUCGCACGAUAUGUGAUGCAAUUAAACUGCAAUUGGCAGCCCGGGUGGAUGGUCCUUUCUUUAGACUCUGAGCGUGGAGUUUCGGCGUUUGGGUUGGGUUUUGCUUCUUUUUAGGAAUUAUUCUCUAAUGGCGAAAGGCACCUUUAUUAUAUCUUGAAAUCCGCAUUUGGCUUUUCCCAAUUCCGGUAUCUCGACGGGGGUUGGCUGGCAAUCCGCUCAGUCAAGUUGAAUUUGAGAAACCUAGAAUUUUCAGAGCAUAGCUCAUAUAUGGUAGCUAGAUUGAACGUAAGACUUCGAAAAGAAUGAUUGUUGUUCACCAACGAUUCAAGAAGGUCGCGAGACUAUAGAUGUGACAUAUAAUCAGUUUCUGCCGUCAUCCUCAAAUGAGCUAAAGGGCAACAUACCUCAUUUAGCUUGCCUGUAUAUAAUAAGCACACAGCAAGGUUCUGUGCAAUUAUAGCUUCAUCUUCAUGUCCAAUAUGGCUUGCACGAAGCGCUUCCCACCCCACGACUGCAUCAGCAUAUCGAC